AUGGCCCUGCCGCUCCUGCCUCGCGCACAGCUGCCGAGUGCGCUGCGCAUCGCGGCGCUCGCGGCUGCCUCUUCUUCCGCGCGAGCGGCCGCAGCGCCGUCGCGCUGCCGCGCCAGCAGCAGCAAGGCGUCCGGCAGCAGCACGCCGCCGCGGCCAAAGCAGAGCGACGAGGACGCCAGUUGGGGACGGCAUCGCGCGCAGUACAACGUCGACCCCUUCACGCCGCUGCCCGCCGCCGAGCACUAUGAGCUGCCGCUCGUCGAUGCCGCCGCGCUGCAGGCGUCGCCCGAGCGGCCGCGCAGCGUGCGCAUGCUCGCCCGCGACUUCAUCCACGACUCCCUCUACAAUCCGCACUACGGCUACUUCUCGCGCCAUGCGGUGCUGCUGCCCGACAUGGUCGCCAGCACGAGCAGCGCGCUUGAGGGGCCCGACGGCGCCCCGCUCCCGCCGCUCGGCAGCGGCUUCGACUUCACCGGCUUCUCCAACGAGCGUGCCUUUGCUGCGGCUGUGCAGCAGCGCUACGACGCCUUCGAGGCCACGCUGCCGCCGCUGCCUAGCUCUGCUGCUCCUACGCCGGCACCGAAGCCUAGCGCAGCUGCGUCACGACCGCGGCCACGACCGGGUAGUGCCGAGGCGCUCGAGGAGGCGCAGCGGCGCGGGCGGGAGAUGGUCGAGGCGCAGCAGCAUGCCGCUACGGUGGGCGUGGGAGCUGAACAGGCGAUGAAGCACGAGGAGGAUGUGCGGGCCAUGGCCGCUCGGCAGGUCUGGCACACGCCGACAGAGCUGUUCAAGCCGCACUACGCCCAUGCCAUCGCCCGCUACCUCUGCGCCGAGUACAAGCUGAACCUAUACCCGUACGACGACCUCGUCAUCUACGAGCUCGGCGCCGGUUCAGGCGCUCUGGCCGCCGAUGUCCUCGGCUACCUGCGCGAGAGCGAGCCGGAGAUCUACGCGCGUACUCGCUACGUCAUCGUCGAGAUCAGCGAGCGCCUGGCGACGCAGCAGCGCCGGCGACUGCGCGAGCACGCGGAGCGCGUCGUGGUGAAGAACCGCAGCUUCCUCGAGUGGGACGAGGACGUGGCGGAGCCGUGCUUUGUGCUCGCGUUGGAGGUGCUGGACAACCUCACGCACGACGUCGUGCGCUACAGCACUGCCACGCUCGAGCCGUAUCAGGCAGUCGUGUCGAUCGACUCGACGGGCGACAUGCACGAGCUGUGGGAGCGCGUCUCGGACCCGCUCAUUGCGCGCUACCUCGCUCUCACGGCCGCCGCGACGGGCAGCAGCUGGCCGCUGUCCGCACCGCGGCUCAUGCGUCUUCUGCCACGCGCCGUGUGGCGGAUGCUCGAGGCACACAUGCCCUUCUACCCCAACCUCACGCCGCCGCACUACAUCCCGACGGGCCAGCUGCAGAUGCUCGACGUGCUGCGUGCGCACUUCCCGCAGCACCGCCUCGUCGCAUCCGACUUCCACGCGCUGCCCGAUGCGGUCAAGGGCGUCGACGCUCCUGUCGUUCAGACGCGCCUCGAGGGCACCAUGGUGCCGGUGACGACGUACCGCGUGCUGCAGGGCUUCUUCGACAUCUUCUUCCCGACGAACUUCGAGCUGCUGCGCGAGGUGUAUGCGCGCGUCAUGGCUGCGCCCUCGGCGCUGAAGGCAUCAAGACGCGCCUCUCCUUCCGCCCGCAAGGGCAGCAAGCCGACUGCGCGCCUCGAGCCGCACUUCUUCUCGGCACCGGCGCGCAACCCGUACUCGGCACAGCACCGGCGCGAGCACAGCGUCGUCUGCUCGCACGCCGAGUUUCUCAGCCGCUACGCCGACACGAAUGCGACGCGCCUGCGCGACGGCACCAACCCGCUGCUCACGUGGUACCAGAACGCAAGCUGGAUCCUCACGUGA